AGCGCGGUCGGACUCUCGCCUCUCCCUCAGUGGUCGGUUCGUAGCGAGACCUCGGCGGCCGGGGGCAGCAGCGGCGACAUGUCGGACCUGGGGGACUGGUUCCGGAGCAUCCCGCUGAUCACCCGCUACUGGUUCGCUGGCUCCAUCGCGGUGCCGCUUAUCGGCAAGCUGGGCCUCGUCAGCCCCGUCUACCUCUUCCUCUGGCCCGACGCCUUCAUCAACCGCUUCCAGAUCUGGCGGCCGAUAACUGCAACUUUCUUCUUCCCGGUGGGACCGGGAACAGGAUUUCUCUAUUUGGUGAAUUUGUAUUUCUUGUAUCAAUAUUCAUCACGAUUAGAAACAGGGGCUUUUGAUGGAAGGCCAGCAGAUUACAUGUUCAUGCUCCUGUUUAACUGGAUCUGCAUUGUUAUAACUGGCUUGGCAAUGGACAUGCAGCUGCUGAUGAUUCCACUCAUCAUGUCAGUACUUUAUGUGUGGGCCCAACUGAACAGAGACAUGAUUGUAUCAUUUUGGUUUGGAACAAGAUUUAAGGCCUGUUACCUUCCAUGGGUUAUUCUGGGAUUCAACUACAUCAUUGGUGGAUCAGUCAUCAAUGAGCUGAUAGGAAAUCUGGUUGGACACCUGUAUUUCUUCUUAAUGUUUAAAUAUCCAAUGGAUUUGGGAGGAAGAAAUUUUCUGUCCACUCCUCAAUUCCUGUACCGCUGGCUGCCAAAUAGGAGAGGAGGAGUGUCAGGGUUUGGUGUCCCACCUGCUAGCAUGAGAAGAGCAGCAGAAGAUCAGCAGGGUGGUGGAAGACACAACUGGGGACAAGGUUUCCGGCUAGGUGACCAGUGAAGAACUCCUGCCCUUGGAAAAACAGCAACUCUUUGGUUUUAAAUGGAUGUAGAACCAAUCCUUCCUGGUGCAGAGAAUGCUUAAGAACUGAGCUCUCUGUAGUACUGUUGGAUAUAACUGAUUAGAAAGAAUGGUUCAAGAGAAAAUUAAAAACUCCAGAAGGGAAAAAUGUAGAUCUUUCUCCAGGUUAGCCAGUAGUGUCCCAGUUUGAUUCUGCCAUUAAAAAAAGCCUUCUUUAUACAGUAUUGUCUGUCUGUUGCAACAGGCAUCCAUUAUGCCAUCUUGUUCCGUGAUGUGAUGGAACAAGCUAAUGGUGUUCUGUCUCUCCUGGUACGUUAAAUGCUUUGUUGACUGUGGUAAAGUAGGAAUUCAUUGUGAGGCAGAUGGAUCAAACUAACCCCAAGUUUAGGAAGCUGAAUUUUUCCAUAGCUGUGCUUAAGUCUCAGGGCCUUUGGAAGCAUUUAAGUGAUAUCUCUGAUGUAUUCAUAAAGCAAAGUGCAAAUGUUUCAUUUCAAUUAUUAAGCUGUGUUUGAGGGGAGUUUUUUCUUGCUGUGCAGCAUUUGUCCUAGCUACUACAGCAUGGGCUGGGCAAGGCUAAGGAUAAGAGGGCUUCGUUUGAAAUGGCAAUAGAUAUUCAGAGAAUUGAAAUCUCUGAACAUGUUGUGGCAUGUUACAAGGCUUGCUCUGUUUAAACUGAAGUUGUCUGGCUUGUUUUUUUUCCGUGAGAUCUGUGAAUUCUUGGCUUCAAGGUUUCUAUUUUGAUUGCAAAAUUGGGUAGCACAAAUACUACUUAAACUAGAAAAGGAAACAUACCGUUGUGGUUAAUGUAAAGGGUACUGACUGCAGCAUUCUGUCUGUUAAUUGAAUCUUCAACUUUCUCUUAAAAGCUUUAAGACAUCGAAGAAUCAAAGGUGGAAAUAAAGUUUUCCAGUGUCAAGACACAGUAGAACAGAUUGCUUUACUACAGGACUCUUUCAUUGUCAAGUAAGAAAUUAUGUACACUGUUUUAGUAUCUGUACUUUUUUGGUAAAACUUUUUGAUGUGGUAAAGGGAAUGAUUCUGUACAGUAGUUUUUCCUUGUACUGGGUUCUCGUGGGCAGAGCACGGGGCUGAGAUGCAGGAAUGCUAGCUUGUUACUGACUCACAGUAUGGACUUGAGCAAACUUCUUACUUAUUUCAGUUUUCCCAGCUGUAAGGAGGAGGACUCAUGCAUCUCUCGCAGCAUUCUUGAAAGGUAGCUGUCCCCCACUCCCCUAGGUGGGAGCUGCUAGUGAGCAGUGUAAGGGUUAGGUUCACAUAAAUGACAACGCUUAAGCUAGGAACAGAAUUACCGUAAGCUUAACCAAGACUUCUGAGUUGGAAUGUUGUUGCUUACCUUUUGUUUUAUAGUUGGAGGAAGAAGAGCAUCAUCACUAGGAUGAGAUUCAGGUCUCUGACUGAAUUUCCCUUUAGCAUUCAUCUGUCUUUUUACUGGGUAGGUAAGGCACAGAAAACUGCCCCAACUUAGGUAUCUCAGGUAUCAGUAAGUAGGUGAAGUGAAUCUGGGCCAAAACAUUUUUUCUUUGUUUCUUCACUAAACCUGGGUUCUGAAGGUUAAAAAACUUGUAAAUAGUACAUGAUGUGAAACUGAGUGACAAAUAAGCAGUCAGACUGGAAGUUUUCAGCUGGCUUGCUUGAAAAAAAUGCAUGCUCCAUUUCUUCACUGCAACUCAAUUUUGUUGAUUUGGCUCAUGGGAAAGUGUGAAAAACUGAUAAUGAUCAUAUUGUGUGCUUAGGUUUUACAGGAACUUGGAGUUCAGAAAUCACCUGCCAUUUUUGUCAAUUUAGUGAUGGCUUUUAAAGAUGCUCUUGUCUCAUUUUAUAAAAUGGAAGGUAGAAAAGAGGACUGCAGUGCUGUAAAUACUAAUCAGUCAUUGACCAACAGCUGUUAUUUGAUGCAAACUUGCAAAGUCCAAGAACCAUCAUUUUUAUAGGAGUCAUGAUGAAGCUGGUCUCUUUAAUCAUAGUAGUAUCACUGUCUCCAAAGCAUUUGUCUUCGAGUCAGGACCUAACUGUUAAGUGAAGAUGCAAUUGUUUGUGACUCAGCUAAAACCCUGGCACAGUCAGAUUGCAGAUCGUCUUCGUAAAGAAGGCCAGAAGGAAGGCUUGAGUGGGAGGAAGCAUGGCAAAAGUCAUUGUCCUGGCUGAGUGCACUGUGCUAGGUCUUGCUUUCUAGUACAUCCUCCUUCUCUAAAUUAAGAGGAAAAGCUUUGCAAGGAAAAUAGAGUUCUGGUAAGUCUUGAUUAGCUUUUGAGCUGCUUCAGGUCAAUUUACCUUCGUUUAUGGAAAAUUCACUUCAGAAUUCCGUAUUACGAGCUCAGUUUGUUCGUUUUGCAUUUGUCACUUGACCUGAAGCACUGUUUGUCCUCCCAGCAUACACUGACAAUGGCAGUCUCUUGUUAAAUGAGUACCUCCUUUCUUAUUUUGUACAGAUAAUUUCCCUUUUUGUAAUCAAUUUUUGUUGGCAAAGUUUUAAAUUAAAGUUUUAAUCUCUCUUACUGUCUCUGUUUCGCUAAAUCGUAUUUCAGCUUAAGACAAGUCUUGUGAUCUGCACGUCUCCAGGAAAUGUCUGACAGCUGCAGUGUGACACCACCUCCUGCUGUUGAUAAAAGUACUCAAGAAAAUGACCUGCUUUUGGGUGGGAGUCUUGUCUUCUUUGAUCAGUUGAAAAAUCGUAAAGGCAUUUUCUUUGUCUCUGUUUAUCACCAUGAGUUUUGACAGUCUGUGUCCUUCCUGGGCUAUUAACAUUUUACAGCUUUUGUAUACUUGAUCAUUCAUCCUUUAUUGUCCUCUGGGAGGAAGUAUCCUUCUACUCACGCUCCAGCUUUGUGGAACUGAUAAGGGAUCACUUACUUUUCCACAGGUAAGCUUGGUAUUCUGCAAUACCCUCUCUGUCCAGCCAAAUGUGCACAGCUGCCAGAAUCCAUUUGAGGGUUUUAUCUCAACUGAUUUGGAAACACACUGAGCAUCCUCUGAGUGACUCUUCUGGACCUCAUUGUUCAUCUGACUGCUCUUUUCCUGUUCAUUAGCAUAGAGACACCAAAGAAGAUCAUGGACUUGGUACAUAAGGCACGGUGUGAAUUUGUUGUGCUCAUUGAACCUGGGAAGGCUUGGUCCAUUCUAAAUACGCCAGAUAGAACAGCGUGGCAAGUGUCUGCCUUUCAAUUUUGCUGCAGCUGCGUAAAGAGUCAGCAGAAGAGCCAGGAAUAUGAAAUCAAAUGCUUCUAAAGUGCUUCAUCUUUCACUGCUAUCGCUUUGUCUUGGUGACAGCUCCUUCCUCAACACAACUUGGUAAUGUGGUGUUGCCAGUGACUUAAUGAGAAACUGGACCUGUUGCUUCAUUCUGUUAUCUAAUUAUUGCCUUAAGAAAACUAAGAAGCUUUAAUUUUCAGAAUAGCAUAUUGUUUGCAAUACUACAUAAGAUACUUUCCGUGUUUAUAUAUCACUAUGUACCUUAUGAGGGAGGAAGACUGCUUUGUCUUGAUGGUUAAGGUAGCGAACUGGAGAGAUACUAAUUUACAGUCUGAAGCUUCUGAUAUAACAAGUCACCUAAUGGCUUUGUAAUCCUGUUUUGCAUCCAUAAAAUGAAGGUGAUUGAUAUUCUCCCAUGUUCUGUGCAAGGUUUGGGAUGAUGGAUCAAUUUGUAUUUGCUGUAGUACGGCAGAGCGCUAAUUUUGGUGAAGAUGUUCUUGGCAUUGCCAUCACCUGCAAUAGUAAAUGGCUUUUCUUGUUCUGUG